AUGAAGGAACUCGCAUUCCAAGAAACUUUUACGCGCGCCGAGGCAGUCGAGUCGCCGGAAAUUCCUAACCCUAUUGACUCAGCGGUCACCAUCAACUCGACAUCUGGAGACGGCGAUGCUCAGACGGUAAAUGAAACACAAUUACAAGAAGGCGCGGAACUUCCAGAGAUCAUCAAACUUCAGAACAUGAAUCCACGCCCAGGUGCAUUUGAUCAACCGGGCAUCGUGGAACAGGAUGAAACGGAAGACGAGAUGGGUUUAGAUAGAUUAGCCGUGGUGGACCAAGAUUUAAAAGUGGACUGGGAAUAUGCGUGCAUGACCAAGCGUGAGCAGUUGGAGUUUCUAUACUCAAUCUGUGAAUACUGUGAGAGUUUUGUUGAAGCGACACAGCCUCAGACAUUCUUGAGAAAGUUUAAAUGCUUUCCCAAGUUACCACUCGAAAUGCGUCGGAAAAUCUGGUUCCACGCCCUGCCGGAACCAAGCUUGGUGGAGCUGAAUCUUUACAGAGAAUCAGAUCAUGUCGCUUUUGGCGGAGGCUCUGAACAUGUAUCCGCCGAAAUUUGGCAUACAAUAAAGAAGUUUGGUGCGGGGUAUUUCAUUCCAAGCCAACUUUUACUUGUCUGUCGCGAGUCACAUGAUUUCUUCCUCGAACACUAUAGCAUUAUGGAUCUUCAGAGCCUGCCCGGUAAUGAAGUUAUAUCAGAUGACACUACCAAUUCCAGUAACUCAACAUUUCAUGCAUCGUCAAGAGGCUACAUUGACAUUAAGAGCGAUACGUUGGUCAUUCGCAACUUGCAGCAUGUGGUGGAUAACUUGCUGUUCUUCAACAUGCACUUGAAGCUGUCGGUUAUCACUAAGUUAUCCAUCCAUACUAGCGAAGCUGAGUACUUCUUUGACCCAAACAUUGGACGAAAUAUCUUCGGGGGGCUACCCUCUCAUCUAUGGAAGCAUAUCGAAAAACUAUUUCCUCAUUUGAAGCAAUUAACUUUCAUACAAAAUAAUUGCGGAGAUAACAGAUCUGUUAAUCAAGGAGAACUUGACUUGAACCCGCUGUCGAUCAACUGCUUGCAAGCUAUCAAUGAUGACACUGUCGAUUUUCUGCUAGAGUGUAUUGCAAAGUUGAGGGAAGUUAUCUUCAAUCGCUUUCCAGGUUGA